AUGUCAUUUGGAGCCAAGGCUGCUGCACGUUUAGCUAACAAGGUUAUUUUAAUUACAGGUGCUUCUUCGGGUAUUGGCUCUGCAACUGCCAAAGAACUUGCUUCCGCUGCAAAUGGAAACAUUAAGCUUAUCCUAACUGCCAGAAGGGAGGACAGAUUAAAGAAAUUAUCCAGUCUGUUAAUGAAUGAUUUUCCAUCGCUUAAAAUUCAUUUGGCUAAACUAGAUGUUUCAGUUGUUAAUUCGAUUAAACCAUUCCUCAGUGGUUUACCAGGAGAGUUUUCUGAUAUCGAUGUUUUAAUCAAUAAUGCGGGUAAAGCAUUGGGGAAGGAUGAAAUUGGUGAGAUCAAAGACGAAGACAUUCAAGGGAUGUUUCAAACAAACGUCUUAGGGUUAAUUGGAUUGACUCAAGCAGUCAUUCCUCGUUUCAAGGAAAAGAAUAGUGGAGACAUUGUGAAUAUUGGUUCAGUCGCUGGGAGAGAAACCUACCCAGGAGGUGGGGUCUAUUGUGCAACCAAGGCUAGUGUCAAAUAUUUUUCUCAAGUAUUAAGAAAGGAAUUGAUUAACACCAAGAUUAGAGUUCUUGAAGUUGAUCCCGGUGCUGUUAAUACUGAGUUCUCUUUGGUUAGAUUUUAUGGCGACCAGGCUAAAGCUAAUGAAGUAUACGAAGGGGUUGAACCCCUUCUAGCUGAGGAUAUCGCUGAGGUAAUUGUCUUCGGUAUUACUAGGAAGCAAAAAACCGUUAUUGCGGAGACUUUGGUUUUCCCGACUUACCAAGCAGGAUCGGCAAACAUUUAUAAAGGCCCUCUUGAAUAA